GACGCUGUGAUUGGCCGGGACCCUGGAGGCGGCUCCGAGCGUGGCGCGGUGUUUGCUCGCGCCCGCGGCUGGGGCAGGUGGGCGGGAUGUCCCAAGCCGGCGGCGGUACGCGUGCUGAUGCGGGCCAAGAAGAUUCUGCCGCUGCCGGCCCGUUCAGCUUCAGCCCGGAGCCCACGCUUGAGGACAUCCGACGCCUCCAUGCAGAGUUUGCUGCUGAGCGGGACUGGGAGCAGUUCCAUCAGCCUCGGAACUUGCUCCUAGCCUUGGUGGGAGAAGUGGGCGAGCUGGCAGAACUCUUUCAGUGGAAGUCUGAUGCAGAGCCUGGUCCUCAAGCCUGGCUGCCAAAGGAGCGAGCAGCCCUUCAAGAGGAGCUCAGUGACGUCCUCAUCUACCUGGUCGCAUUGGCAGCCCGCUGUCGUGUGGAUUUACCUCGAGCAGUCGUCUCCAAAAUGGACACCAACCGACGACGCUACCCAGUCCAUCUGUCCCGAGGUUCUGCCUGCAAGUACACAGACUUGCCCCGUGAGACCAUCUCAGAAAACCAGCCUGUGGGGGCUGCAGAGCCUGCCUCUGAGUUGAAAAACCAGGCCUCUACCUAGAAAACGGUCUCUGAACAGCAGAGAUGGACUUGUUCUAGUCCAUUCAUACUAACUCAUGGGUCUGAGUGAGACCCAAGAGUCUCCAAAAGAUAGUCUAUUGGUCUUUUCUCUCUCAAUAAAAUGAUUUAAGGCAACAACUUCUAGAUUUUUCUUGGGUGGCUAGAUAGAGUAUCUCAAGUCCUUCAGAGAAGCAGGGCUCUGCCAGUUGUUAUUUUCCCUUUUCAACUUCAGACUUAGAAAAGCAGAGAACAGGAAGUAAAUAUGGGCCCCAAGUCUUUAUGAGUGCAGAAUUCAGCUUCCUUUCCUCUUCGGCCCCUUGGUGUAAGGCCACCCACCCCCCUGACCUGGCUAAGUCUGUGCUUCCUCUCCAGCUAGAUGGUGUUGAAUGAUUUAUGUGGUAUGUGACCUAAGGCACACUGCUUCCCCUAAGACACCUAGGCCUGCCUCCCAAAAAGAGGGGUACUGAGAGAAAGCAGUGGUAGUGAGUAUCUGCCCCUGAGCCUGUUUCCACCUCAGUAAAGUGAGGGGUCCCCAGCACCCUCCCCUGUUCCUAUUCUCUAAUGACCCUUGCCUUCCCAGGUAAAACCAUUUAUAUUAAAACUGCUUCAGUUGUAUAUUCCCAAAUCUACUGAAUCUUAUAAAAUGGAAUUUUAUUCCUAUCCUUUAUUCCUUGUAUAUUAUAAUCAAAUCUCCUGCAGCCUUGUCUCUGGAGCUCCAAGCUUUCUCUGUGUGGCUCUGGCUGUCCUAGAACUC